CAGAGUUUCUCAGACCGAUAAAACUUCCCCCAAACAAAGUGAUGGCGGCCGUCGUGUCCGUUAACACAGCUGCUGGAGACGAAAGCGCAGACGCAGGGUUCAGUUUCGUCCCUCGUCCUCGUCACGAUAACUACGACCUCGCUACGGAACACGAAAGCUGGAUGUCGGCGGACCGCCGGUUCCCCGAACUCGAAUCCGUCGAAGAGAACCCGACGUCGGACCGCGAGUGUCAGCGGAGGGUCGACGAGGACCUGACGUCCCUGAGCCCCGAGGAGAUCGAGAGCCGCUUGGAGAGAACCCGCCGGGAGUUUUACAACCGGAGAAAGAUCAUCAUCAAAAACCUUCCCUCUGACGUCAGUAAUCAGGAGGUCCAUGAGCUGUUGGGCAACUAUGACUUGAAGUACUGCUUUGUUGACAAAUACAAGGGCACAGCCUUCGUGACUCUGCUCAACGGCGAACAGGCGCAGUGUGCCAUCAAAGACUUCCACCAGCAUGCGCUGCGGGACCGGGAGAUCUCCGUGCAGCUGCAGCCGACGGACGCCCUGCUGUGCAUCGCCAACCUGCCCCGCGCCUUCACCCAGCAGCACUUUGAGGAGCUGGUGCGACCCUUCGGCAACCUGGAGCGCUGCUUCCUGGUGUACAGCGCCACCACGGGCCACUCCAAGGGCUACGGCUUUGUGGAGUACAUGAAGAAGGACUCCGCCGCCAGGGCCAAGUCGGAGCUGUUGGGAAAGCAGCUGGGCUCCCGCAUGCUGUACGUCCACUGGACUGAAGCGGGCGCCCUCACCUAUCCACUGCUGCACUCCAAGUGCCUGUGCGUGGACCGCCUGCCCCCCAACCUGCUGACGGCCCAAGACCUCCGCAACGCCCUGGCUGACACCCAUGCGCCGGUCUUCUGCCAGUUGGCUCAGGGACAGGAUUCAAGCUUCCGGCGGUUCACGGUGUUGGAGUUCGCCUCGGCUGAGAUGACGGAGGAGGCUCAGCGGCUCGCCGACGGCCGGCUGCUGGGCGGGACGCACAUCAGGGUGUCCUUCUGUGCCCCCGGCCCUCCUGGAAGGAGCAUGUUGGCGGCUCUGAUUGCUGCCCAAACGAUGGCACUGAACCGGGGUAAAGGGCUCCUCCCUGACCCGACAGCCAUGCAGAUACUCACGGGCCUCAAUAACUCCGCCACCCUCAAGAUGCUGCUCAACCCCCUGUCACAGGGACCCAACCAAGGCCUCCUCGGGGCAGCCCCUCCGAUGCCCCUGCUGGCCAACCCCGCCCUCUCCGCCGUCCUGCUCCAGCUGCUCCUCCAGAGCCAGGCCAAGGCCCAGCAGCACGCCUUUCUAGGAAAUCAUCUUCUGUGGGCUCAGGUGCUGCACAAUAAAGAAAACCCUCUAGUGCCUUGUGCGGGACUCAUUGGGGAGAAUCCUCUGGCUGUCCCGCAGGGAGUCCAUCUGCUCGGAGACCUGCCCCAAGGUGGCGUAUUCCCAGGUCUGGGUCAUCAGAUGGAUCCUCUGGCCCCCCUAAAGCAACUUGGCAGAGCGCUGACGAGGGAGCAGGAGUCCCCCACGGCGCCGUGCACCUUCCCCCAGACGUCCUCUACGGCCCUGCAGGGCAUCUCCAUGUCCCUGAUGCGUGGCAUGAUGGGGGCAGAUGGCCUCGCUGCGCAUGGGGUCUCCAUACUAGGAGAUCCUCCUAACGAUGUGGACCAUCCCCACGGCGCCUUCCUCGGUGGCAACAGUGUUUUCCCUUCAGGAGGAAGCUGCAGACCUCACCCCUACAGGAAGAGGCCAACACUGAGUAACGUGUCCAACCAGCACAUGCACCCGAGCGUUCAGAACUACAACUUGCGCUACCAGGAUUCUUACAGCCCAGAAUAUCCUCCUCUACACCAGGAUCCUCUGGCCCAUUUGUAUGAGCAGCAGGAAAACCUCGGUGCUGAAUCCUUGGCAGGAUUUGGUCAGCAGUUUGUCUCUCGUCAGCCCGACUACAGCGAGCGCUUCCCUCAGUACAGAUACCCUGCCAGCGAACACAUGUCCUCCUACUACAGCUCUGGGCCCGAUGAAUCCGGUAACGGUUGCCUUUCUACCAGCCAUCUCAACCGGGCUGUGGGGAUGCCUCCUGUGAGCCACAGCACCAACUACCCCCAGACUCCCAUCGGUAGCCACAAGCGUUUGUUCAACCGGCUGAUCCCGUCUCCAGAGCCGAGCCCCGAGGGCGGCUACGUGGGCCAGCACUCCCAGGGCCUCGGUGGCCAUUACGCAGACUCCUACCUGAAGCGGAAGCGUAUCUUCUAACUGCAGCCCGGGACACGGCGGCGUCUCCUCUGGUCUCCAGUGAACCGCAUGGCGUGGUGGUCCUCGGGUUAUUGUCCAGUGUAGUCCUGGUCGUGACCCCUAGAGGAUGCCAGGGAGCUCAGCCUGUAGCCAUCUGGUCAGUUGUGUCACUCAAUAGGAAUUCUUGGUGGUUGUAUUUUCUCCUGUUGUGUAUAUAUGAUUUUAGUGUGUUGGUAAAUUAAGUUUUUAUUCUUUUUAUUUUUUUAUUUGCCUUUUUAGUUUCCUGUUGAAAAACUUGUACAGUGAGAAAAAAUUGUUAAUGUGCAAACGAAGUAUUUCCUCUUGAGCAUUUUCUUUUUUUAAUCCCCGUGUUGAGUGGUGUGUCAGCAGAGCUACGGCGAGUUUGGCCAGUUGUCAAUGGCGGCCAUAGGCUGCUUUUUAUAACGUUUGACAUCCCACUAAAGUGAUGCUGUCCACAACUUCAGUCAAAGGGACUCGCAUCGUAUUAAAAACAAGCUUUACGUUUUAAAUAGCCCUCCUAAUUCAUGUAAAAAGUUCAUCAGUUUGUGUAAUGAGAUGGUGUUUUGUGCCCCCCCUACUUCACACAGGGUUGUUAAUUGAUUUUGCUGUUUGACUCUAUUUCUGGAUUCAGGCCUCUCAUUGGUUAACACGAAGCGCUCCAUCCACCAAUGACGGCGGUGAAGCGUUUGACUUCUCCGGCUUGUCUUCUCGAGCCUUUUCCACGUCGUUUUGUCUUUUGACCCACACCCUCAACUUGUUCACGGAGUCCCGUUUUCCUACACUGGUUCGAGUUCUGCACUUGGAGGUCACGAUCCUAAUCUGUUCCCUCCCCCUUGAGAUGCCCUUGUCAAGUCUCCUCUCACUCAGAUGUUCAGGAGUUGAAUAUUUUCUGUGUUUAUGCGAGUUCUGUUUUUAAAAUGUUGACCGUCUUGAACGCCUCACCUCAAUUGUUGAACUGGGUGGGGGUGGGGUGGUGCAUAUGUGCCAUCUCUGGAGUCUGGGGAAGUACUUAUGGAAGCUCGUGGCAGGUGAUUGGUCGGUGACAUGACUCUCCUUGUUUUUUCUUUCCCUUUAAAAAAAAAAAAAAGUAGAUUUAUCUAGUUGACAGUUUGAUUGUGAAAACCCAUUACCUCUGACUCCUGCUAGGAAAUGCAGCGACACUCGAGCCGUAACCACGUCGUCUGGUCUCAUCCGGCCCCGUGUUGGCUUCCAUCUACAUUUGACCUUUUCUGUGUUAUUUGCCGUGUAAAUAGUUGAGCUCCAAUAAGUUUUUCUUUUUGUUUUCUUUAAUCAUACCUGCCGCUGGUCUGGUGUUUCAAAAUGAAUUUGCUGCGCCUCGUGUUUUUGUCGUUUUGCCUGUAUGCUUGGACAACGGAUGUGACGCCACAGCCUUCAUUGUGAACUACCAUCUUCUCUGUACCGCCAUGGUUGUGUGUGUGUGAUGUGAGAGCAAGUAAAUGUUAUUUAAACUCA